AUGGCGUCUCUCCUCCAACCCCAAAAUGCGACCACAGCACAAUCAUCACCAUCACCACUGUCAACCCUCCCCGUCCUCGAAACCUUCUUCCCCGGCUUCUCAAUAAUCUCCAUAUUCUUCUCCAAAUACCUCCAUCUGGACAUCAGCGCAUACCUAUCCUUGGUGUUCCUGUUAGCUACAAUAGUAGCAACAGUCCGCCUGCGCCUCGAAACCAUCAUUGAAAAUUUUCAGAGCUACUUCACAUCAACCAUUGAAGUGCGCAUGGACGAUGAAAUCUUUAAUUAUCUGAUGUACUGGGUCUCGCGCCAGGGGUUCUCGCGCAAAACUACACGCGCCGUAGCUAGCACAAAGACUCGCGCGAACUCGUAUUAUUCAGACGACGAUAUGUCUGGCGAUGAUACGGAUGAUGAGGAGGAUGAUGAGAAAGAUGAGAAAGAAUUUGCUGAUGCCUCCAACGAUUUUGAUUCGUAUUGGUCGCGCCGCGUGAACAAGGACAAAAUCAAGCCGCUGCGCAUUACUCCCGCAGAGGGAAUUCAUUGGUUCCGAUUCCGGGGAUAUCGCAUCAAGCUUCGGCGCGAACAGCUCGAAAAGAGGAAUUAUGGAUGGGGAAUGCCCGCCGAGAAGCUAUAUGUUAGUUGUUACGGUCGUAAUCCGGAGGUGCUGAGGCAGCUGCUGCUCGAAGCGCAGAGGAUGUAUGUUGAUCGCGACGGUGAUAAGACGAUUAUCUACAGAGCACAGAGGGAUUCGGGGGCUGAUUACGAUUGGACGAGGUGUAUGGCUCGACCGCCCCGGCCCUUGUCGACUGUUGUCCUCGAUGAUGCGCAGAAACAUGCAUUCAUUGCGGAUAUCAAGGAGUAUUUGCAUCCCAGGACGAGGCGGUGGUACUCAAAUCGUGGUAUCCCUUAUCGAAGAGGGUACAUGUUUUAUGGGCCGCCUGGGACGGGAAAGUCGAGUCUUUGCUUCGCCGCUGCCGGUGCCAUGCAUCUCAAGAUUUACCUUAUUAGCUUGAACUCGAAGACGUUGAAUGAGGAGUCUCUGGCGUCGCUGUUUCAGAGUCUACCGCGACGAUGCAUCGUUCUAUUGGAAGAUGUUGAUGCGGCGGGCGUUGCGAAUAAGCGUGGUGAGAAAUCCACUGAUUCUGCGGCUGAUAGAACGACAAAGACUGCUGGUGAUGAUAACUCGAAUGGAAGCAACGACACUGCUGCUCAGGGCGACGGAUCGACCGAAACCCCCAAACCUGAUAAUGAUACCACCACAAACCAGGGUAUCUCCCUUUCCGCUCUUUUGAACAUCAUCGACGGCGUGGCUUCUAGCGAAGGCCGGAUACUGGUAAUGACUACAAAUCACAUUGAAAAACUCGAUCCAGCCCUCUUACGCCCCGGAAGAGUUGAUCUGAGCAUUGCAUUCGGCUACUCUGACCGCGACACAGUCAAAAACCUCUUCAUGGCCAUCUACGCGCCUCUGGACUGCGAAGUACCCAAAUCAUCAUCCUCUUCACUAGUCACACAGAAGAUGACUCCUCCAACUUCACCCAAACACUCCCCAUCACCAUCAACAUCAUCAGCUACAAAAAUACCUACAAUAUCCUUCGACACGCACACCAAAGAAGAAAUCGCAGCCCUCGCCGAGAAAUUCGCCGAUGCGAUACCCGCCGGAGAGUUUACACCUGCUGAGAUCCAGGGUCAUUUGCUGCUGCAUAAGAAGAAUCCCAUGCAUGCUAUUGAGGAUGCAGAUCUUUGGGUACAGGGUAUUAGAGAGAAGAAGAGGGACAGGAAGGAGAGGUAG